UGAAACAAACUUUGUCUAUCAGGAUCGGGAUGGAACUGAAGGAGGAGAACCGGAUCAAAUGGAAAGGAAUGAAAAAGCUGCUACUGAGGCCGAUGAUGUUGAAAGGAACAAAAAAGAUGCUACUGAGGCCGAUGCAAAUUUUAUGGAUCAAACCCUGAAAAAUAUUAUAGAAGAGAUUGUGAAUGAAGCUGCAAGCAAAGAAAAAGCUGCUACUGAGGCCGAUGAAGCUGCAAGAAACGACAAAGCUGCUACUGAGGCUGGUGCAAAUAUUACGGAUCAAAUCUUGAACAACAUUGUAGAAGAGAUUGUGAAUAAAGAGUAUAAGAGCAGGAAUGAUCUAGUUUGGUUCGAUGAAUGGGAAGACUUGUUGUAGAGUGAGUACGAAGAAUUUGGCUAUCCAAGCACUGAUGAAGAACAGAUCAACACAGUGGAGCAUUGGCAAGAUGUAGCAAUGCUGGAACAAGAUAUGGCGGGAAGUGCUAUCGAGAGCUGCAAGAGGAAGCAAGCUUAUAUAGAGAGAUUGUGGGAUGAAAAAGAAGAAGUGUAAAAAAAAAUACAAAAAGUUGAAGACAAAGAUGAAGAAGAAGCAAGAAGAGAUUAGAAAAUGGAGAAACAAAUGCAAACAACUAACGAUGAUAGUGCAAAGCAUAGAAAAAGAUGAAGAGGCCAAUGAAGAUGCAGCUGCUGCUGCUGCUCCUCCUCCUAUUGUUCCUGCUCAUGCUACUGCUCCUACAAAUGAACCUAGGACACGAUCAGCGAUAAAGAGAAUCAAAGAAAGAACCGAUCGGAAAGAGAAGCAACUAUAAGGUUUUGAGGUGCAGAAACCAUCGAAGAAACAGAGGAAGAAGAGCAAUUAAAGGACUUCACAAACAUAUUAGUAGUCUAUUUUAGUAUAUAUUUUCAUGUGCAGAAAAUAGGGAUAUGUUUGUAGAUUUGCCAUUGCCUAUCAUUUUUUGAUCUUUCAACAAGCAGGAUGGGAAGGGGAUCAAAACCUUGAAUUGCAACGUUGCUUAAAAGGUUGAAAUUGAUUCAAGUUUUCUAAGCCAAAACCAAAAUUUAAUGUUAGGUUUUUGU